AUGAAAAACCGAGAGCUCCUCGUCGCUAUUCUCGUUUCUCUUUUGGGAGUCGAAGCGGUUAAGCAGAAGGCGUUGGUCCACGUGAGCAUCCGAAUCUGAGAGUUAUAAACGCUCUUGCGGCUUCAGAAUCACGAAAAGGCCGUCGUCGUCUCUCAGGAUGACUUCAUCGGCUGCCCCCUGAACAAUGAUUUCUAUUAUAACGGCACUAUAAACUCACCUCUUUAUCCUUACAACUAUCCUCCGAAUGAUAAGUGUUACUAUUACAUUUCUGCCGAACCAGGAAAGGUUCUCAAGUAGGUUCCACCCACUACGCUCACUUUGAAUGAGCACUUUCUAGGAUCACCUUUUCUCACUUUGAUUUGGAAUCUUGCUGCGACUAUGUAACUAUUUACGAUGGACCGACGAUUGCUUAUAAAAAGCUCGUCCAGUAAGCAAUCUAUUUUGUUUGUUUAUUCAGUUUUUCUUUUCUCAGAAUCGGAGGGCCCGGAUCGAAUGUGACCACCGCGGGCACCUACUACACAACCACUCGCAACGCCGUUAUGACAUUUGAAUCGAAUCCGACAAUUCAGAAAUCAGGAUUCUCGAUGCAAUACGAGUCUGUGAACAGUGAGUCACUUUGAUAACGAAUCACAUGUGUGCCAAAUUCCCGUUUAUAGCCGUCUCUCCAUGCAAUCGGGACAUUUUCCUUAUUGUGAAUGGGCUCUCCAACGUCGGAACUCAAGCCAACUUCAGGAAUGAAAUCAACUACAUUGCCAACCAGCUGACUCCCACGUGGAACGUCGGACUCUCGCAAGUUCGCGUUAUGCUCAAUCUUCAGGUAACAGAAUACGAUGCCUACAUUGAUUUGUGUGCUCAAUUCGUAAAGAAACGGCAGACUGAUAACAGUGCAGAAAACCGAUGCUCUGUCCUUUCAGGUCGACAUUGACUAUGCAGUCGUUUGGUCAGCUGAUGACGUGUCGACGAACGCCGACUUGACCAAGGAAGUGUUACACAUGCUCGAGUACGUGCCAGAUGUGACUGCGAACAACAACACGGACCUGGAGUGCCUGUUCCGUUACGCAUUCGAUGCUCUAGAUGACAGCAAAGAGUUCGAUGAGCGAUACGGAAUCGAGCAGGUUGUGAUCGUGUUUGUGGCCGCCAAUCCCGUGUGAGUUCUCCAGAGAAAAAACAGCAAAAAACACAGGUUAUUUGGUGGAUAGAGGGAAGAGGCUAAGAGGGUAUCAGCUAUAUUCAAAAACAGAAUCACGUCAUCAAAUAUAUGAACGAUCCAGAAUGUGUUUGUUUUUCAGUACUGACCAAGACUUCAACGAAUCUCUCGAGUUCGCGCACAAAAUGAGGACCGAUCAAGAUGCAAAAGUGAUUGUUGUCGGAAUGGGAGCCGGACUCGAUCAGAGCAGACUCGCCCGUCUCGCCUACGCACAGGGAUACGCCUUCUUCUCCGCCAGCUAUGACGGCCUUUCCUCUCUGACUUCGCAGAUUAACAAUGCCAUUUGUUCGGGACUCAGUGCCCAGUGUGGUCCGUAA